AUGCUCCAAUUCUCCAGUCGCACCUAUCCCAUCACCGCCUCCAUCGGCGGGAUUCGAAUCGGACCGAUUCAUAGAGGCAAAGGUUGGCCGGGGGCUCCCCCGGCCAUAGACCCCUCCGCUGCAAAUCGAGCAUUUUUGCAGCCAAAUAUGCCGACACCAGCCAACAGUGUCCAUCUAUCACCCCUCCCUGCCAGUCCAGCACCUCCAUCUACUGUGCGCCCGUCUGAGCACAGUCUGACCGAUGAUUCGGUCUUCUCAUUCCCCAUGCCUGGAAACAGGUCGCCGACUGAAGUGAGGACACCGAGUCCAAUGACGGAUCGGAAUCAGCUUAAAUCACGACCACCAGUAUCGCCGGGACAAGGGCUGGGUUUGAUGCCAGAGAAUAUACAGCUUCCGCCUAGUCCACUGCCACCUAAAUUCCCCGAUACGAAUCAUCACAGGGGGGAAUCGGCGGUGAGCAACAGCAGCUACCGGAGCUCUUUCGCCAGCAGUCGCUACGGCGAUUCCACAACGAGGUCAUCAACCAACAGCCUCUCGCGUGGUUUCCGGUCAUUUAUGGACGACACCCCACCAGUGCCACUGGCACCUCUCCGCACCCCCAACAAGACUUCUUUCCCCCGUGAUUCCAAUCUCUCGGUGGUUUCAUCCCGGAUUAGCAAGGAAGAAGCCAGUGGCUUCGACUUUGGUAUUCCCAGUGGCCAAAAUCCGACCACCGGACUACAAGAUCUCCCGGAGGAACCCCCUUCGGCCCAAUUCCAGGAUCAUACUGAAUAUGUCGCUUUCAAUCCUGCACAAACCCACCUCCACCCUGCAACAGCGGCAACAGAGCUAGGUAGCGAUGCGCCAAGGAAGAACUCUAACGCAAGUACGACAAGUGCAUUUUCCGUCACUAGCUUCGCCCGGGCUCUCGGUCUGGAGGACCAAAUGAAUCACUCCGAAAGCUCUGGCUCUGAUUCAUCGCCGUCCGAUGCCCGCAGUGGUAGUUCAAUGUCCAGUCUUCCCUCCGAUGCCAGCUUGAACCGACACAAACCCACCGAUCCGCUCAAUCUAGGACCCUUGGUGGAAGAACUGCCCGCCCGGACCCGACAGACGAUUUUGGAAGUACCCGGCCGUAUACGGAGCACUAUGGAAGAUGUCCCUCCCAUCCCGGCUGCUUUCUUCAGUCCGGAUUCCCCUACCGACCCUUCCAUCAACCAAGGUGGCGUGUCGUUGAUUGCAGAGAGGAAAGAAGCACCGCCGACUCCGACCCCAACCCAACUAAAACAAUCUAUCCCCCGAAAGCCACCACCACAACGCUCAUUUACAGCACCCCUACCACAACCACAAACACCAACAACACCAACCAGGUCCGCAACACGUUCGAAAGGGAAGUGCAAAGGUUGCAAUGAGACAAUCACAGGAAAAUCAAUAUCAUCCUCGGACGGCCGUCUCACAGGUCGGUACCACCGUGGCUGUUUCGUUUGCUUUGAGUGCCACUCUCCCUUCCAAACAGUCGAUUUCUACGUCCUCAACAACCGCCCCUUCUGUGCGCAACAUUACCACGAGCGCAAUGGGUCCCUUUGCGCCGGCUGUAACACCGGCAUCGAGGGCCACUAUUUGGAGACUGUUGAGCGGAACCCUGCACGGCCAGAUCGCCGUCGAUUUCAUACCCAGUGUUUGCAGUGUCGUACAUGUCACGUCCUUCUCAAGGGCGACUACUUCGAGUGGAAUGGCGAAGUCUUUUGCGAAAGAGAUGCUCGCCGAGCCGCUGCUGCCCACCACCCACCACCACCUCCUGGUCCUCCUGGUCCUCAUGGUCGUCGCCGGCCCACACUACCCUCGUCUCCCCUCGCCCAGUCUGGCCAAUUCCCACCGGGCCCGUACCCUCCACCACCUGGCGGAAGACCUGGACCUGGACCUGGGCCUGGUCUCCAUCCCGGUCCCCGAUUCUCCCCUGGAGGUGGAGGACGGUUCCCCGAACGACGCACUACUAAGCUUAUGAUGAUUUGA